AUGCCUCCGCGAAAGCGCGCCGCAGAGCGCGUACAGGCCGAUACUUUUCUACCUGAACUCCCCGCUAAAAUUGCGGAUAUUUUCGAAACUGUGCAAUCCAACCGAUCUUCGUGGACAAGGAACAACGUCAUUCUAUACAAGCUACACGUUCAGGCAUCGGAGAUAACGGAGGAUGUUGGACAAGGACGAGUGAAAGUUAUUGGACUUCGAGCGUUCGAGGAUGCAGUCUUGGCCUGUGUCUGUGAGAUCAUGGGGUUGAAGAAGGGCGUCGCGGUGGGCGAUCGGGCGAAUGCUUUUUUGGCAGGCUAUGCCGGCUACGUCGCAGAACAAUCGAAGGACGCGACGCUUGCUGAGCACUUCGUCAACAAGCUCUUUAGAGAGCUAAAACCCGGCCUCAGAGCGAAGUCCGCCCCCGCGCGCUUCCGGUCAGCACAACUCAUAGCCGGAAUGCUCCGUUCCCUUGAGAACUGGGACGAGAAGGUGGUCUAUGGAUUUCGGGAGGAGAUGGUGGACAGGCUGAACGACAAGGAGGCCGCCAUCAGGGUGCAGGCCGUCCUGGCUCUGGCCAGCAUCUGCGCAGACGAGGCGGAGUGGGAAGGCGACGAACUCUCCCUUGCGGAUAUGUUGUCCGAUGUGCUCACACACGAUAACGCUCCCGACGUCCGCCGUGCCGCACUUGCCAACAUUCCUGUGACGCCGGAAACUUUGCCACACGUCUUAUCCCGAACACGCGACUCGGAUACCGUCACUCGGCGUUUCGUCUAUCAAGGCGUACUCGAGAAGCAAAUCCACCAGCCAGACUCCGAAGACCCAAAGAAGAUGACGUUUGGUCCAACCCAUCCUCGCGUAUUGAGUAUCGCACAACGCGAAGAGAUCCUCCGCGCUGGGCUGGCGGACCGUGCCGAUAACGUACGCGAGGCUGCAGCUGCGCUCGUCAGGGCAUGGGUUAGCGUUGCACAUGAACGACCAGCCAAGUCCGAAGACGACGAAGACGACAAUACGAUACUCAAAGCAGAGGAUAAGGACGAGCAGAUGCCACAAGCUGCGAACGCUCAAGGCGACGGAGAGCAAGAGGACCAGAAGCUCGUGUUAACAUCUGACGAGGUGAAAGCACGCAAGACGGAGAAGGUUCAGAGCGAUCUUUGCAUGUUCCUCAGGUCGUUCGAUCUUGCCGCUGGCAGUACGGAUGUAGCUCAAAGCGCGCUCUUGAGCGUCUUCGCCACGGACAAGGAGCGCUUCUCACAGCUUAAUCUGACAGAGGACUGGUGGAACACUCUCACGCCCGAACGCGUUUUCCUUGGACGCGUGUAUGUCGAGUAUUGCACGGACAAGAAGUUACACGAACGGGUCGACGACGCGCUUCCGCCUGUCACGGCAUUGGCCUUUCAUCUACAAGGCGCUUACAACAAACUCAUUGAGCUUCCCGAGCCGGAAGGUGACGAAGACGAGGUUGCCGCCUUCGCGCGGGAAGACGCGUUGUUCACCGUCAAAGAGAUGUUGGCAGUCGCAAAGAUCCAUGACUAUACAGACGAAGCAGGCCGCCGGCGUAUGUUCAAGCUCGUGCGGGAUAUGGUGGCCCAGGAAGCCCUGCCAGACGAACUGGUCACGCCCUCCCUCGACGUUCUCCGUCUACUCUGUGGUGGAGAGAAAGAGCUUAUCAUGCUCAUCGUCGAGAUCAUCAUCGACCUCCGUGACCUGGUCAAGAUCCCCGUGGACGGCGCCCAACCCGAGCUGGACGCUUCUCAGGAUGAGAGCGGGAGCACUGCGAAUGCUAUGCCGAUGUAUAAGCGCCGUGACGAGAUGACUGAAGAGGAGUGCCAGCGGUCGGACGCAAUGGACGUACGGUGCUUGGACCUGUGCAUCGGGAUGCUCGAGCGUGUGAACGGCACGGUCGACGACCACCCCUCGCUCAAUGGCCUCGUUACAGACUUCAUCGUACCGUCCGUCCGCAGGCGUGAGCUCACAUUCCGCGAGAAGGGGUUACACUGCCUUGGUCUUGUGGCGCUCAUCAACCCUGGCAUGGCGCCCACCGCCAAUACUCUCUUCAGGCAACACCUCGCGCCUCAAGGACCGGGGCAGCUCCCGCCGCCCGCCCUCAUCAAGCGUCGAUUGCUGGAGAUCGUCGUCGACGUCGCUAUGGUACACUCGCAGAAGCUCAAAACUAGUGACGAUGGCGGCAAGCCGAUCGCCGACUUUAUACUCUCCUUCGCGGAUGAAGACGAGCAAUGGGAUGUCCAGGCCAAAGCUGUCAUCGGCGUUGUCAAGCUGCUGUUUGCUGGUAUGAUCACUGAGCCGCAGGUUCUUGGAGAUCUCUGGCUCCAAUACAUCUCGCCGCAUACGCGUGAGAACCACUCGCUUCGACAAUGCCUCGCUUACUUCUUCGAGAAGUAUUGUCUAGCGAGCCCGGUGUUCCAGAGGCGGAUGAUGACGCAAUUCGUACCGGUAUACAAGCAGCUCGUCCAUGCACACCGGACGAGCGAGGAGGACGUGGCGCAGUACCUCGUUCAACUGCCCGUCUUCGUCGAUAUGUUCUUGAACUACGUCAACCCCGCCAGCUCUCACGAAGUACCCGGCCGCAAGGAGGACGAGGAUAUCCACAUCGACCUGGCUAUCAACGUAUUGAGGGAGCUGCUCAAGCCGGAGAAGUUCGGACAUGGGUUCGAGCCUGAUCCGCAUGCUGAUCCGCCGGAGCCUAUCGACCAGACGCUCGACAAGACGGACCGCAAGAUCCUCUGCAACAUCUUCAAAUCCGAGAAACUCUAUCUACCCAUUGACGCCGACGACCACGCAGUCCGCACCCUCAAACUCCUGGUAUCCCAGACUCUCGCACGUCGCCCGAUCAAGGACAGCGCCGCCAUGAAUGCCAUAGCCAAGUUUGACACUAAACUGGACGAUCGGUAUGGCGAGGCGCAACUUGACGGGUUCUCGGAGGAGGACGCGCGGAAGCUCGAAAAGCUCGAGAAGUUGUUCGAGUUCCUUGAUGAUCUCAUCCCGCUGGACGACGAGGAAGAGGACUUUCCUAUCGAGCCGAGGAAGAGGGGAAAGCCGAAGAGGAAUGCGAGGUCGGCGAGCGUGGCUAGUACGACUACGGAUGAGGAGAGCGACGCGACUGUCACUGGUAAAGGCAAGGGGAAAAAGAGCGCGAAGGGGCGCGGCAAGAGGAGGAGGCUGAGUGAAGAGGACGAGGAGGAGAGCGAUGAGGAGGAGGACGACGAUGACGGCGCGUCGAGGGCGAGUGCGCCGCCCAGUUCUGCGCCCACGCGCUCGAUGCCGAGACGCGCAGCGACGAAGAAGGUCGACAUGACGCCCAUGAAGCUCGAGGGCGUGGACGAAGAAGACGAGGAUGAGGAUGAGGACGAGGAUGAUGAAGAGGCGACGCCGGUGCCGAAGCGCGGGGCGGGAAGGAAGCAGGCGUAUGUUCUGAUACGCUCAAGAAGGAAGCCAUCGCUGGAUCCUAGCGAGAGUGGAGGGGAGAGCAAUCCUGUCGUCGUACCUGAUACGUCUGACGUGGAGGACCAGGAGGUGGACGACUUGUUGUUGGACGAGGACGAGUAG